GACAUACUCACACCCGCAUACAUAUACUACAAUUUGACAAUCAUUGGCUUGAACAACUAUGGCCGGCCUCAAAAACUCCACAUUCGGCAAACGUCUCCGCGCAUCCCACCACGACACCGACGACGAUUCUCCCCGCCGAACCCGCGCCCGCAUCAACCCCAUGUUUGCCCCCGGCGCGUCCCCGGCCCCUUCGCUCGACACUUCCGCCUCCUCUUCCACCCCACCCGCCCCCAUGGCCUCCUCCAAGCUCGCCUCGUCCCAGCCCACCCUCGUCCAGCCCCCCUCCCAGCCCAGUUUUGCCCCCGCCCACCACAACAACGCGCAUACAUCCAUGAACAUUAGUCCGACGCGUCGACCCAGAACCAACAGCCGCAAGCGCGACUGGGACGAUGCAGGCGACGCGUUUGGCCCACGCGCGGGGCCCUCGACGGCCGCGACGGAGCGUGGCAAGAGCAAGGAUUACGGCGAUCGCUUCGUGCCCUCCCGCGAUACGGGCGACAUGCGCACGUCCUACCAUCUCAUGGAGGAUUCCACCCCAUCCACCCCGUCCAAGAACCGGAUCAUCCCCACCGAAUCGGACGCUCUCAAAGAACAAGCCAACGCGAUAUUCAACUCCAUCCUCCACACCGAAGUCACCCCGCCCCGCCCCUCGUGCCCCAGCUCCCCACAGCGUCCAUCUGCGACACACACACCCGCGUCCGCCAUGCCCACCACCCCCACGCGCCGCCGCAUCUUCCAAUACCACUCUCCAGGCACCGGCCCCAUGUCCGGCGUCGUCAGCACAAACACCAAUCCCCCAGGCACCCCACCGCAGCGCCGCGGCCUCGACACGCCUACGGACGCCGCAUACGCCCUCUCCCCCGUGCGCGCCGCCUCGCGCACCCUGCUCGAGUCGCCCCGCCGCGCGCCACGCGCGAUGUGCAAGACGCCGUAUCGCGUGCUGGACGCGCCGGAGCUCGCGGACGACUUUUACCUCAACCUCGUGGACUGGAGCAGCACGAACGUGCUCGGCGUGGGGCUUGGCAGCUGCGUGUAUCUCUGGACGGCGCACAACGCGGCCGUGUCGAAGCUGUGCGAUCUUGGUCCGCAGGGGGACACGGUCAGCUCGGUGUCGUGGGUGCAGAAGGGCUCGACCCUCGCAGUCGGCACCGUCUCCGGCCGGCUGCACAUCUACGACGCGCACACGCUCACACUCGCGCGCUCGUACAUGCCCGCGCACCAGCAGCGCAUCGGCGCGCUCGCGUGGUCCUCGCACGUCCUCUCGUCGGGCUCGCGCGACCGCUCUGUGCACCACCGCGACGUGCGCGCGCCCGGCACGCGCCCGUUCCGCCGCAGCGUCGGGCACAGGCAGGAGGUGUGCGGGCUCAAGUGGAGCGAGGACGGCGGGCCGCAGGGGGCGGCGCUUGCGAGUGGGGGGAACGAUAAUAAGGUCUGUAUAUGGGAUUUGAGGGGGAGCAAGAGGGCGAGUGGGUUGGGUGGGGGUGGAUUUGGGUUAGGGGCAGGAGGCGGUGGAGGUGGUGGGAUGGGGACUGGGACGGGGCUGGGUGGUGGUGUCGGCUCGCACGGGAGUCUCGGCAGCGGCGCGAGCAGCGCGACGAUUGGGAGCUCGCUCACCAUGUCCUCUGGCACUGCCGCUCCUCAGCCUAUCGUCGGCGGCAACUCUGCAUCCGCCACAGCGCCGGGGGCGAUGGCCAACGGCGCGAACACGGACACAUCGGAAGAGUCGGACGCACCGCUGUGGAAGUUCCACGAGCACACAGCGGCCGUAAAAGCGCUCGCGUGGGACCCGCACGUGUCGGGGCUGCUCGCGACAGGCGGGGGCACGCAGGACAAGCACAUCCGGUUCUGGAACACGCUGAGCGGGACGAUGCUGAGCGAGCUGGACACGGGGAGCCAGGUGUGCAAUCUGAUGUGGUCAAGGACGUCGCACGAGCUCGUGAGCACGCACGGGUUCAGCAGUACGACGGCGCAGAACCAAAUUUGCGUGUGGCGGUAUCCGGCGCAGAAGAUGGUGGGUGCGCUGAGUGGGCAUGCGGCGAGGGUGUUGUACCUUGCGAUGAGUCCGGAUGGGGAGACGAUUGUGACGGGGGCGGGGGACGAGACGCUGAGGUUCUGGAAUGCGUUUCCGCGCGUGGGUGGGGGCGAGAGGCGGGAGAGUGCGUUGGAUUAUGGGCGGUUGAUCCGGUAGGGGGGCCAGCGGAGGAGGAGGAGAUUUCCUUUGGAUCCUUUGGAGAUUUCGAAACCCAUAUCUCAGUUUUGGUCCCAUUCGUUGGGGAUUUAUCGUUGGUCGAAUGUCGCCGCUCUCAUCUACCCAUCUGCGCAUCCAAUGUCCUGUCUUGUCAAGCAUACUCUCGGCCCGUUCUCGCUGACCGUUGCAUCGUACCUCUGCCUCGCUUUGCUCAUCGGUCCUCCCUGUUCUCGCUCUCGUCAUCGCAUCCUCCGCUUUCCGUAUCUGUCCGCAAAAACUUGUUCUGCGCACCUUGCUUGAUCACUAGUCACUAUCCAGGAUGUUCACUCAUCCCCCACUCCCCGCCACCCGCCCAUGUACAGUGUGUGCCCGCAUCCAUCCUCCAUCUAGCAUCACCAUCUACACGCCCCCCAUGUCCACCUGCACCAUCCAUCUACGCCCAUGUCUAUGCCCGCACGCUCCCACUUAUGCCCAUACGCCCAAAAACCCGCUCACGUCUGCUCAUGCUCCCUCUGCUCUCACAAUUACGUCUCUCGUUCACCGUACUCUACAUGUAUAUGUAUCGCCACCGUCCUCUCGUUCCGUUUAGCAAUCAAUCGCCGAUGCCUUAGUACGCAUCCGAUGCGUCGUCCUCGC